AUGGCGUGGUGUGCUGCUGUAGGUUGUACUAAUCAUACGGCUAAUAAUCCCGAGAAAGUUCAGUUUUUUAAAUUGCCGUCAAAUGAAGAUACGCGCAAAAAGUGGAUACAUGCUUUGCGGAGAAAAAAUUUACCUAAAAGGGUCUUUGUUUGUUUAAAACAUUUUGAAGAAAAAUGCUUUGAUCCAAGUUGGGACAUGCAACACCAGAUAUUCCCGCGAAAAAUCCCGAGAAUGCUGUUAAAAAAUGCCUUCCCAACAAUAUUUUGUUUUCAAGAGCAACCAAAGGAAAGAAAGGCCUCAGUUCGAAGGGCCCAAUGCAGAGAAAGAGAAGAGGUCAUGGAAACUGCCGUAGUGAUGGAAUUGCAUGAAGAAUAA